AAACCCCUGCACUACGGGACCCUCCUGGGCAGCAGAGCUUGUGCCCACAUGGCAGCAGCUGCCUGGGCCAGUGCCUUUCUCAAUGCUCUGCUGCACACAGCCAAUACAUUUUCCCUGCCCCUGUGCAAGGGCAAUGCCCUGGACCAGUUCUUCUGUGAAAUCCCACAGAUCCUCAAGCUCUCCUGCUCACACUCAAACCUCAGGGAACUGGGACUUCUUGCUGUUGGUGCCAUUUUAAGUUUAGGUUGUUUCGUGUUCAUGGUUUUCUCCUAUGUGCAGAUCUUCAGGGCUGUGCUGAGGAUCCCCUCUGAGCAGGGACGGCACAAAGCCUUUUCCACCUGCCUCCCUCACCUGGCUGUGCUCUCCCUGUUCAUCAGCACAGCCACAUUUGCCUACCUGAAGCCCCCCUUCAUCUCCUCCCCAUCCCUGGAUCUGGCCCUGUCAUUUCUGUACUCGGUGGUGCCUCCAGUACUUAACCCCCUCAUC